AGCAGGAAGCGAGCUGCCCGGUUCUGCCUGCCCCUCCCUGGGAGGGGAGCCGAGUGCGGAGGGGGGCUCUGUGCUCCAGGAGGGGCUGGGGCCCUGCCUCCGGGGGCUGUGCAUGGGGCAGGCGGGAUGGCGGGGGCUGGCUGGGCACCGCCACGCCUGGAUGAGUUCAUCCUGACCGAGAGGCUGGGCAGUGGCACCUAUGCUACUGUUUACAAAGCCUACAGGAAGGCCCUGCCAGCUGGUCUGCCGGUACAAACCCAUUCCCGGGCACGGAGCUGGAGCACUUUCAGCCUGGCAGGGAGAGCAGGGCUGCUCCUUCAGUCCCUGACUCUUCUGGGUGACCGUGGGCAAGCCCUCGCCCCGUGCCUCAGCUUCCCCAUUUGUGAAAAGCGGAUGGCGAUCUGCUCCCGGGGAGGCUGUGUGUCGUCAUGCAGGAAGCCUGCAUGGUUUCCAUUCCCUUUCCAGAAGAACGCCCGGGAAGUGGUGGCCAUCAAGUGCGUGAACAAGAAGAGCCUGAACCGGGCAUCGGUGGAGAACUUGCUGACAGAGAUCGAGAUCCUGAAGACCAUCCGCCACCCACACAUCGUGGAGCUGAAGGACUUCCAGUGGGACAGUGACAACAUUUACCUCAUCAUGGAGUUCUGCGCUGGGGGGGAUCUGUCCCAUUUCAUCCGGACGCGGAAGAUACUCCCAGAGAAGGUGGCGCGGCUCUUUCUGCAGCAGCUGGCGUGUGCCCUGAAGUUCCUUCACGACAGGAAUAUCUCCCACCUGGACCUGAAGCCUCAGAACAUUCUCCUCAGCUCCGUGGAAAAUCCUCAUCUCAAGCUGGCAGAUUUUGGCUUUGCGCAGUACAUGUCUCCGUGGGACGAGAAGCAUAUGCUCAGGGGAUCCCCGCUCUACAUGGCCCCCGAGAUGGUGUGCCACCGGCAGUAUGAUGCCCGUGUGGACCUGUGGUCCGUGGGGGUCAUUCUUUAUGAGGCGCUGUUCGGGAGGCCGCCUUUUUUCUCCAAAUCAUUUGCCGAGCUGGAGGAGAAAAUCCGCAGCAACCGGGUGAUCGAGCUGCCCUGCCGGCCCCGGCUUUCCCAGGGGUGCCGGGAUCUCCUGCAGCGCCUCCUGGAGAGGGACCCGCUGCAGCGCAUCUCUUUCGAGGAGUUCUUCACCCAUCCCUUCGUGGACAUGGAGCACAUGCCCAGCGCAGAGAGCCUGUGCAAAGCGACCGCGCUGGUAGUGGAAGCUGUAAAGAAGGAUGAGCAGGGAGACCCCUCAGCCGCCCUCUCUCUCUACUGCAAGGCCCUGGAGUUUUUUGUCCCUGCCCUGCACUAUGAAACUGAUGCUCGCAGGAAAGAAGCGAUCAGGUCAAAGGUGGGUCAGUACAUCUCGCGAGCGGAGGAACUAAAGACGCUGGUGACGUCCAACAACAAGACCCUCCUGCAGCAGGGCAACCCCGCCAGGAACAUCCUCAAAGAGAUGUCCAGGGACAAACCCCGCCUGUGUGCCGCGCUGGAGGUGGCGUCUGCAGCCAUGGCUAAGGAGGAAGAGGGCAAGGAGGACUCUGACACACUGGAUCUCUACCAGCAGAGUCUGGGGGAGCUGCUGCUUAUGUUAGCUGCAGAACCUGUGGGCAGGAGACGGGAGCUGCUUCACUCGGAGAUUCAGACUCUGAUGGGCCGGGCUGAGUACCUGAAAGAGCAGAUCAAGAUGAGGGAUGCGCAAUUCAUGGGCAAGGAGAUGCUGUCGGAGUCUGUCCGGAGCUCCUGUACUCUGCAGUAACAUCCAGGUGAGCAUGGACCCCCGGGGGAUCAGUACAGCACCCAAGGCAACAGAUACCGUCUGACCUCCUCGCCAUCAGCCUCCUCAUCUGACUUCCCAGCCAGGAAUCAUGUGCGUGCAUCACGGUUUGUGUACGUGUAUUAACAGACACUUGGCUGGUUUCUAUACACGCUGUCACACUAGUUCCAGAACAUGAGUUUAUCUAGAGGGUUUCACUUAUAUGCACUGUCUGGUGAUUUUACACAUGUAUAUACGCAGUAUAUAUGUACAAAUCAUUGUAAAAAAUGGGUUUGUCCUAUGUUAAACAAAGAGAGAAUUAAAGACCUUUUAGUAUUUAAUGUCAAGGAACAACCUUAGCUCCAUUACUGACCCCUGCCUGGGUAGCUAGGGGAUAAUGACAAGAUUUAGAGCUUAAAGGGUUGAUCAUACAAACAGGGCAUUUGUGUGGUGUUGCUGUAGACUACUGGCCUUUAGGGACCCCGUGAGGGACGUGAUAACAGAAGUCAGGGGGCUUUAGCGGUACCUUCCUUAAGGAUUUGCUCCCUGCGGCUGCUCCUUCCACACUCACUGCCUCUCCGCAACAGAGUCGUGGAUAGAGGGGCUGGGAAGGGUCUGAGGGGGAUCUGAGGAAAGGGUCUAAGUCCCAUCCCCCUGGCUGCAGGAUGGUAUGAAUGUAUUUCUGCCUAAUCCCCAGUUGCACGCUUCGAUCCCUCCAAUCAGGGGCUCCGUGACUGCGGCAGACGGCCUAUUCCACCCUCGCAUCUCCUUCACUGUUUAAAAAGCGGGAUAAAUAUUGUUUUCUUCAUUUUAACUCCUGCAGAUUCCUUCUCCCCCCCCCCCCCCCAUAAACUCUCCAUCAUCCCCUGCACCGUGUGCUCAUCUUUCCUUUGGGCCAUACAUGUUCCUUUCUCCUCACAAAUCCUCGUCUAGGACACCUUUUUAACAAAAUCCUGUCUCCUGAUUGGCCGGUGAUGUACAGCCAGCACUUGGCUCCCUGUCCACAACCUGAGGGAAGAGAAAGGAAGGAGCUGGCCCCACGGGGCUGAGCACCUCUGGUGAGAAUCCUGGUAUCUUUCCUGAAAUCAGCGAGAGCUGAGAACACUCAGCACCUUGCAGGAUCAGGACCCUCGGGAUCUAUGGAAGAAAAGCACUUAGAAGGCCCUGAUCCAAAUCAGUGGAUCAGGCCCAUAGUCUUAGUAUUAUCUACUGUGCACCUUUAAUCCCGGUAAAAGCCACACCAGAGCAUCUCCCAGUGACUGGAAUCUAUUUGGUGGAGCUUUUACCAAUUGUAUUUUAGUUAUUCAGGGCUCUAUUUUUUUAAAUUGAACCCUAAGCUGACUGUUAAACAGACCCGUCAGUAGUAGCUUGUUUUUAAGACUGACGGGACUGGAAAUCCAGCCAGCCGCUUAGAAAACACUCACUGGUAUGGGAAGGCCAAACAACAGCUAAAACUGCAGUUUGCUCCUGAGGGCUGGGGACAGAUCCAUGAGCUGGAUGUUUAGGUGAGCCGUGGCGCUCUGAGUGGAGGCUGAUGUGCCAUGCCGUAUCGAGCACUGACACGCGCAGCACUCCAGGUCGGUCGUGGCUAGAGCUAGGUGAAGAAACUUUUAUUUUUUCCAGUUAAAAAUGCAGAUUUGGCAACACUGAAUUGUUUCACGAAUUCAUGGUGAUUCUGUUGAAUUGUUUUGGUCUAUUUUUAAAAAAAAAAAGGGGGGGGGGAGAUGGGCUUGAAACUGCUUUGAGUUCCAAUCUGUCUCUGAAUUUUAUUAUAACGUGAUCAAAAUCAAAACAUCAUGUUUUGAUUUUGUCAAAACAAAAUUUCAUUUGCCCCAAAACCAUUUUUGUUGUUGACCUUCCAGACUUGCCAGUGAACCAAAAAAAUCGAUUUGCCCAGCUCUAGUGCUGACUCGAGUACUGCAGAUGUGCCUUCGUCAAUGGAUCAGUCAGCUCCCUGCUCCUACAUCAAAGAUCUCAAUCAGUCUAGUCGCUCCGUUUUGGAGCAGAAUUUCACUGUGUGCAUCGUGUGUCCUCCCCAGUCUCUUUCUGUAAUACUGUGUCCCUAACAAGCAUUCUCUCAGUCUGUAGCAACACUGUCCUGAAAUGGCUGGGGAGAGAUUAAGCAAGCUACGGGACCAGAACGGUUCAUGCCAACCCUAAGAGCAUUGGUCCUACAGCUGUGUACUGUAUUGUCUGAAGCCAAAUAUGCCAGCUUGAAUUUAGCCUGACUAAUUUUCCUGCCCUUUAUUUCUGUAGAUCCUGGACUAUCCCAGACAAGGGGAGUCAUUUGCUAUGGGGCAAAAGGGGCAGUUACCCCUCCCAGACCUUGAUUUGCCCCUCCGCCCUGACUUUUCAUAGGUAUAUAUGCUCCAUUUCUCCUCUCCCCCCCCCCUCCCCCCACCAACUUUGCAGGACAUAAUAAAAUCACAUAUAAUGUUAUAUAUGCUGACAACUUUCCCCCGCUCCUGCACUCCCCUGAAACGCUGCAGGCCCCUGGGCCAAACUCAUCCCACUGGAGCUCAUGACAAAAUUCUGAUUGGGAUGAGGAUUUGGCCUUAUUCCCAUGCCCCUAUCCCUGGGUGCUGAAUUGCUAACCGCCAAUUCCCCCUAGCACUGGGUUUAUUGGGUCUUGCUGUUUGGAGCUGCUUUGAGCCACAAUCCUGACUGAUCCUUUCCUCCCUGUGACAGUCUUUACUUAUAGACAUCACUUAACCCUGAAACCCCCAGCAUUAGUUGGAACUGAACUGACCCUUACCUCAUCUCUUAUUUUUGGUUAUGAUUUUUCUUUCUGUCCUGCUUGUAGAAGGUUGGGCUGACGAGUGAGCUCCUCAGAGCCACGGGCAGCUCCUCCGGCUCUGGCCACUGUUGGUUUGAAACGUACGGGAGGGAACGGUAAAUGGCAGUAGUAGCUUGGCAGGAGGCAGCGCUCUGGGAACGGGCCCAGCACCGCUCGGAGCUUUUCUCAAAGUCUGCUGCGUUUAAAGAAAAUGUAAUUGAUUGGUGGCUUUAUUAAAUAAUUUUCCAAA